CUGUUAGUUUACAAAUAGAGAGGAUGCUGAACUGGUGUUCCGGAAAUUAGUGAUUUUACGUAGAUAAUGUGCAAGAUUCGAUGAUGAAUUGGACGCCGGCUAGAGACAAGGAGAAGUAUGGGGUCGCCAUCUACAACUUCAGUGGCGUUAAUGACUCCUGCAUUAAGCUUAAUGUUGGCGACACAGUUCACAUACUGGAGGAGUUGGGAGGAUGGUACUUUGGCUAUGCACUUCACAACAAGGCUCUGAGAGGAGUCUUUCCCAAGUCUUUCAUUCAGGUGCGAGAAUGUAUUGUCGACAAAACAGGCCUGGUAGAAGUGGUGACGGCACGCCUUCCACCUAUUGUGCAGGAAGUAACUGCAGUGCUGCGAGAAUGGGGGAUGCUAUUGCGCAAACUCUAUGUGGACCGGAGUUCCAAUUUUAUCCUAGUAAAAGAUACUAUGUUAGAGUUAGAGCCAUCGAAGCAAGAUCUCUGUCUGCGGGCAUGUUACCAGGAGAUGAGCUGA